ACGCGAUUCAUCCUCGGCUUCUAACUGUACAAAAAUCUUUCCCCUUCACAAAGAUAAGUACUUUUCACCGCCUAUUCCCCUCAUAUAAAUCAACCAGCCUACAUCAUUUAUCAAGCUUACUGGUAAUAAUUAAGAAACCAUGGAGUUUUCAAACCGACAAUCUUUAUUCUCCGUCCUUUUGUUUGUAUCUAUUCUUUUCGUUCAGCACUUCGCCGCCGUGAAUUCCAUCGGAGUUAAUUACGGUACCCUCGGAAACAACCUUCCCCCGCCGGCUCAAGUUGCGCAAUUCCUCAAGGAGAAAACCACCAUCGACAAAAUCAAGCUCUUUGAUGUGAACCCAGAUAUUCUCCGGGCAUUUGCUGGCACCGGAAUCUUCGUGGCAGUCACUGUUCCGAACGGAGAAAUCCCAAACCUCGUUGACGUCAGGUAUGCUCGUAGAUGGGUGGCUAACAACAUUAAACCGUUCUACCCACAAACUAAAAUCAACUACAUUCUUGUCGGAAAUGAAGUACUCCAUUGGGGACCUCAAAAUCUGGUCGAUAAUCUAGUUGCCGCCAUGAGAAGUCUUCACUCAGCACUCAUUCGAUCUGGGAUUAACGGUGUUAAUGUUACAACGGCUCAUGCCUUGAGUAUUCUUGAAUCUUCCGAUCCGCCUAGUUUGGCCAAGUUCCGGCCAGGUUGGGAUAUCGGAGACCUAGCCCCUACCCUGAAAUUUUUACGGGAAACAAGGUCUCCAUUCAUGGUCAAUCCAUAUCCAUAUUUCGGUUACAGCCCAGAACAGGCAAAUUUUGCACUGUUCAAACCAAACCGAGGCAUACGCGAUAGAUUUACUAAAAGAACGUACACAAACAUGUUCGAUCAGUUGAUCGAUGCAGUCUACGUUUCCAUGAAGAAACUGGGCUAUGGCGAUGUGGAUGUUGCUGUAGGGGAGACUGGUUGGGCUUCUGCUGGGGAUAGUUUUGAACCGAAAUGUACUAUUCCAAAUGCAGCUUCUUACAAUGGGGGUUUGGUGAAGAAGUAUAAUCAAGGAAUUGGGACGCCAUUGUUGCCCGGAAGGAAGUUCGACAUUUAUAUUUUUUCACUUUUUAAUGAAAAUUUGAAGUCUGGUGCUACAUCUGAGAAGAAUUUCGGUUUGUUCCGGCCAGAUUUUACACCUGUUUAUGAUAUUGGUAUCAUGCGAGGAACCGCGGCGGUGCCUAAUAAGCCCACCCCAUCAGCUCCAACACCUUCCACGCCCGUUUCAACACCACCAACACCGGGCAACAAAAAAUGGUGCGUGGCGAAGGCUGAGGCCACCGAUGAACAACUACAGUUGAAUAUAGACUAUGUGUGCAGCCAAGGCAUGGAUUGCGGGCCGAUUCAACCCAAUGGUGCUUGUUUCGACCCUAACACAAAACGGGCUCACGCAUCUUAUGUCAUGAAUUCGUGGUACCAAAGUAAGGGUCGUAAUGAUUUCGACUGUAAUUUUUCGGGCACUGGUGCCAUCGUCAAUUCUGACCCAAGUCAUGGGCCAUGCUCAUUUCUCACUUGAAUGCGGAAGGUGCAAAAGAUGAUUCAGUUUCAUUCAAGAAUGUAUUGUAACUAUUAGUUAUUUAUAUUAGGAGCAAAAGAAUGUUUAUCUUCAUUCCUCAUCGAAUUUCAUUUUCAGAUUUUACAUCGAAUUUGAUUCACUGCUAUGUUUAGAACUUCUAGGAAUUGAAGAAAUAUUCUGUUAUGACAUCUCGAGUUAUUUAUUAA